UCACCUUGGGAAGGGGUGCGGCGGGGAGGGGAAGUGCUGCAGCCUGGGGCUUUCCCAGACUUUUAAAAUUCUGCAUCUUUUCUCCAUAAAACAUCUUUCACUUAAUUUCCAAUAAACGUGUAUGUGUGUUUUAUGCAUGUACUAUUAUACUAUUAGCUUGAUUUCUUAUUUUAAACACAAAACGGAAAAACAUUUUGCCCCUAUGCCGAUGGGUUGUCUUGCUCACCUCCCAUUUGGAAACCCCGUCCUUAGACUGAACCAUCCUUACACCUGAGCACCUCCUCACCCGAACCUGGCUUGCUUCCCCCUUUGGCUCAUUUCUUACCUGGAGGAUCCCUCUAGUUCCUACCCAGGUAGGCUGACUUUGUUCUGUACACUCCAUCCCUGCCUGCCCUAGAACCCCACCUACAUUCCCAUCUUGGCCUCACCACCCAUUAGGCAGAUUGGUUCUCCAAACCCCGGUUUUGUCAUCUGUAAUGCAGGGAUAACAGUACCCACUUUGUAGGAUUACCUCGGGAAUGCAAUAAGGUGAUACAUACAAAGAACAGCACGGGGCCACUUCCGUCGAAGGUACUGAGUCCGUGAUGGCUUUUGCCGUCAUUAUCCUCCGGGGGUGGAUUAUGACACACGUGAGGACCCUUACACCCUUCCCCCCACCCCACCGGGCAGGCGCGGUGACCCCCAGAGCGCGCUGCGGUUUCCGCGGCCCCGCCCCCCGCCCUUUGUGACGUCGGGGGCCGCACCUUCUACUCCCCCAUCGGCAAGCCCGCGCCCGCCGGCUCUCUCUGGCUUGGCCCGUUAGAGGCCGCUUUGGUCCGGGAAACGCGGGCGGAUCGACUGGGGCCAUGAGGAAGCUAGCCGCCGGCUUCCUUCUCUCACUCCUCGAGGGGCUGCUCCUGCUUCUGACACCUGCCCCAGCCCAGGAUUCAAUUUCGGCCUCCACCCCAGGCAGCCCUCUCUCUCCCACCGAAUAUGAACGCUUCUUCGCACUGCUGACCCCAACCUGGAAAGCAGAGACUACCUGCCGUCUCCGGGCAACGCACGGCUGCCGGAACCCCACCCUCGUCCAGCUGGACCAAUACGAAAAUCACGGCUUGGUGCCGGACGGCGCUGUCUGCUCCGACCUCCCUUAUGCCUCCUGGUUUGAGUCCUUCUGCCAAUUUACUCAGUAUCGUUGCUCCAACCACGUCUACUACGCCAAGAGGGUCCGGUGCUCCCAACCAGUCUCAAUCCUCUCACCUAACACUCUCAAGGAGAUUGACAGUUCUUCUGAUGUCCCUCCCACCACGAUGACCUCCCCCCUCUCAUCUCAUGUCACAGCCACAGAACGACAGGCCUUCCAGCCCUGGCCCGAGAGGCUUAGCAACAACGUGGAGGAGCUGCUACAGUCCUCCCUGUCCCUGGGGGGCCAGGAGCAGGGGCAGGAGCGCAAGCAGGAGCAGGGCCAGGAGCAUAAGCAGGAGCAGGGCCAGGAGCAAGAAGAGCAAGAAGAGGAGCUGGAGGAGGAGGGAAAGCAAGAGGAAGGACAGGGGGCAGAGGAGGGACUGGAGUCAAUGGCUGGGCUGCAGACAGACCCAGAGCUCAAGUUCCAGUCUGAAUUUGUGUCUUCCAACCCUUUCUCCUUCACUCCCCGAGUCCGGGAAGUGGAGUCCACUCCUAUGAUGAUGGAGAACAUCCAGGAGCUCAUCCGAUCAGCCCAGGAAAUGGAUGAAAUGAAUGAUCUGUAUGAUGAAGAACCUGUCUGGAAAAAGCCAACCCGUGACAGCCUCCUGCAGAUGCCCCACGUAGAGGCAUUGUUGGUGCUAUGCUACUCGAUUGUGGAGAACACCUGCACCAUAACCCCCACAGCCAGGGCCUGGCAGUACAUAGAGGAGGAGAUCCUUGGCUUCGGGAAGCCGGUCUGUGACAGCCUUGGGCGGCGACACACAGCCACCUGUGCCCUCUGUGACUUCUGCUCCCUGAAGCUGGAACAGUGCCACUCGGAGGCGGUCCUGCAGCGACAGCUGUGUGACAACUCGCACAAAACACCCUUCAUCAGCCCCUUGCUCAUAGCCCAGAGCAUGUCCAUCGGUACCCAGGUAGGGACCCCAACAUCAGGCCGCUUCUACGGGCUGGAUAUGUAUGGUGGGCUCCGCAUGGACUUCUGGUGCGCCCGGCUGGCCACCAAGGGCUGUGAAGAUAUUCGGGUGUCCGGCUGGCUCCAGACGGAAUUCCUUAGCUUCCAGGAUGGGGAUUUCCCCACCAAGAUUUGUGACACAGACUAUGUACAGUACCCAAACUACUGUGCCUUCAAAAGCCAACAGUGCCUGAUGAAAAGCCGGGACCGGAAGGUGUCCCGGAUGAGAUGUCUGCAGAACGAGACUUACAGCAUCUUGAGCCAGGCCAAAAGUGAGGACCUUGUGCUUCGAUGGAGCCAGGAAUUCAGCACCCUGACUCUAGGCCAAGCUGGAUGAGCUGGGGUCCAUACU